ACGCCUCCAUUCCCUUCCCGUAGCUGCUAGCUAAGCGCUCUACGACUACGAGCCUGUUAACACAAUUGUCAACGCCAUGGCGCGCCAAUGCCUCUUCCUCCUCCUCGUCGCCGUGACUGUGAUGGCGUUCGGGGUGGCCGGCGCCUCCAAGGACGUCACGGGGGGCUACCUCCUGUACGACUGCGACCCGGAUCCACGGCGGCCCGCCAAAGGCACCGCGUUCGGCGCCAGCCUGAGGCCGCUCCUCGCCGCCCUCCCGUCAGCCGCUGCGCCGACGGGCUUCGCCUUCCUCCAUUCCGGCAGGGCCGGCCGGAGCAACGGCACGGCGUUCGCCCGAGGCCUCUGCUUCGGCGAGUCCCCGGCACGGGGGGACUGCCGCGAGUGCCUGGCCACCGCGGUCGAGAGGAUCGGCUUCUGCGACGGCAGCCGGCGCGCGGCCUUCUGGAACGACGGCUGCUUCCUGGCCUACUCCGACACCAAGGCCUCCGUCUCCGCGCCCGCCGACGAGCGGCGCUGGAUGAGCUUCCUGACCCACGACCCCGUCGUCUACCCCAGGUUCUAUGACGCGGAGACGCUGGUGGGCCUGGCGCGGUCCCUGCUGCCCCGCGCGGCGGCGAACGGCUCGGGGGUGCCGGGGCGCAUGCUGGCCGCGGCGAGCGCCGCCCUCCGGGCGAACGGCACCGUCCGCGCGGUGGCGCAGUGCGCCCCGUGGAACGUCACGGCGGCGGAGUGCGCCCUGUGCCUGGCGAAGUCGGUGCGGGACGUGCCCGGCCCCGGCGGCCUGUUCGGCGUGUUCGAGGGCGUCCGGUCUGGCGUGGCCUCGGUGCACCGGUACGACUGCAACCUGCGGUUCGAGAUAUCCGCUCCGGUGAGGCCCGUGGGGAAAGGAGCGAGGAUCCGGAAGAAGAUUCGAGAUAACCUUCUUGUCGUCAUAGUUGGUGCCGUCGUGAUCGUGGUCGCCGUCGUCGCCGGAGCAGCUUUUCUCCUUGUGAGGCGAAAGAAGAAGAUGAGGAAGGGGGCACAAGCUGGCGUGUCUCCUCCAACACCUAGCUAGGUAGGGGCAACAGGCCGGCCGGCUCCAAGUUAGCAUUCCCUGUGUUCACAAAUACUCCCUCUGUUUCAAAAUAAAUGACUCAAUUUUGUAUUACAAUUAGUACAAAGUUGAGUCAUUUAUUUUGAAACGGAGGAAGUACUCCUCUGUGCAUUUAUGUAAGACGUUUUAGAGGCUUGUUUUUCUGAACCGAUGUAUAUAGACGCGUUUUAGUGUGGUUAUUCACUCAGGGAUCACAUUCUCGAGAAUGGAUCGACUACUACACUUUCUGACUCCUCGUUGAUCAUGUAUAGUGGAGUACAAUGCAAGUUCUUACAUGUAGCUUUGAUGAUUGUAAUGGUCAUAAUGUUAGGCAGCAUUAGGGGGAGUGUUGAGAAUCAAUUGAACAUGAUCUAUUUGGGAUUAAA